UUUCAGGGUGAUAGUGGUGGGCCACUUAAUUGCCAGAUAGCCAAUGGCGCCUGGAUUCUGCAGGGGAUCACUUCAUUUGGCAGUGGAUGCGCUCAACCUAACAGCCCCGGAGUUUAUACAAAAGUGGCGGAGGUGGUGGAAGUUAUGGCGGCUCAGGAGGUGGUGGUGGAUAUGGCGGAUCAGGAGGCGGCUAUGGGGGUGGUAUGGGAGGUGGAGAUUAUGGUGGUGGUGAUAGUGGUGGUUACGGCGGCGAUUCGGGAGGCGAUGGCGGAUACGGAGGGGGAUAUUCGGGUGAAGGCAGUUACGGCGGAUCGGGAGGCGGCGGCGGCGGCUAUGGUGGUGGUAAUGGUGGUGGAGGUUAUGGUGGUAGCGGUGGUAGCGGUGGUGGUGGUUAUGGAGGAGGUGGUGGUGGAGGCUAUGGUGGAGGCGGUGGAGGAGGCUAUGGAGGAGAGUUGCAGUGAUUAUAGCAAUGACUUCAAUACGAAUGGUAUGAACGCCAAUGAAAGUAAUGAUAAUUGUCUUCAAAACGAGUCCAUAGUUGACAACAACUCAAAUAACGAUGAUAUCAUGGAUAAUGUGAAUACCAAUGAAUACAUGAGUGAAGACGAGACCAUGAAUGAGAGGCAUAUGGAGUGCCGGGAAGAGGAGGACUCGUCGGGGAAAUGCCAUUUGAUAACAUUGACUAAAAUGGAAGCACCCGAUGCCUGGGAUCAGCCCAUCAGACACGACACCUACAGGACUAAUGAAAGCAUUUACUUGAAUCCAGACUUAAAUACGGGUGACUCGAGGGAUGAGAAAAGCCGACUCGAGUCGAGUGUCUGUGAGGAUGACUACUCACCAGCGCUGGCAUUGGCAUCAUAUGUGUCACAACAGAUCAACGGUCAGGCAGUGGAUGAGCCUGGGUCUGGGACACAGACACAGGUUUCGCACAACAGAUCUCAACCAUAUUUGAAUCAUGAAUUGAAUCACUCAAUGAACACAACAAACACUUUGCAGACAACAGAUGUAAAACAAACUUCUUCGGCACUCAAUGACUACAACUCAUGGAAACAGUUGUCUCUAAACAAUAUUAAUAACUUUCAGACCAGCAGUACAUCCAAAGUGGGAUUAAGUAAUGAUUACAACUUUUACACGCGUUUUGCCACAGAAAGACAGCAGAGAUAUCCGGACGCCCGAUCUCUGAGGGGAAGGGGAGCCCACUCUUCGAUGACCAAAGAGGAGCAGAGGAAGAGUGCCUGCGAUAGAGAGCGGACUCGUAUGCGAGACAUGAAUUUGGCUUUUGAUGCGCUCCGGGCUAAACUACCCUGUCUUAAACCACGGGGGAAACGACUGUCCAAAAUUGAAUCGCUCAGAAUGGCCAUCCGUUAUAUCGCACACUUGCAGUCUGUAUUGUCGACACCGGAUAAUGAGAUUAACGGCACAUCCAAUACGACUACAACUCAACCCUAUUAUACCCCAAAUGAUAGCUCGUGUACACGUCUGUGGAGAUUAUCUGAUCAGGUAGAAUAUUGUGGGGGACAACAGGCUUACACUUGCGCUGAUAAUUAUCAUUACGAGAAUAACUAUUAUUGGUGGACCCCAUCCCUGAACGGCUCAUAUACUGGUUUCCAACAGUAAAUAUUUUAAUUAAACGAUAUUUUUUCACUUUUAUAUAAAUAACUAUAACAAAUAAAAUGAGUGAAUAUCUAGUCUUUACAAAAACACCUGUCAUUUAAUUUAUUAUUAUUUUUUAGUCUGAAC